AUGUUUGAUGGCAGGAUUAUUGCCACAAGCACAGUCAGUCUGGCGUAUCGGAUAUCGAUUGUGGUGAAUGGGACUGAGGACCCUUCUUGGGAUGGGGCUGAGGUGGCUGUUACUGCAUAUGUGGAAAUAUUCGGCACUGUGAUUGUCGCCUCUGCACCGGCUUUGUACACGUUUUGGACUCGCAUCUUUACAGAAACAAGACUCUAUGCGACAUUGAGAUCUGGCUUUUGGUUCAAGCAGAGAACAGAACCUGACAUCAGACUGGGUCAAUGGAAGACUUGGCCAGCCGCGCAUGGCGUGGCGGCAGUGCCUGUGAGAGCCGAAGUUGUGGGGACAGAGAGCAGUCAAGACUUGAUCCAGGAGCAUGGCGGGAAUGGUGGGAUACUGAAGACUGUGACUGUGACGCGUGAGGUUGUGGGUGAUCAGGGAGGACGUGGGGGACUUGGCUAGGUAAAGAGAAAGGGGGGAGAUCUGGGGAAGAAUAGGUAAGGUACCUUAGGAAUGGGUGUGUUAAAGAGGCCAAGUUAUUCCAUGGGGGAUGGGUGUAUCCAAAAAUCACGCCCAAG